AUGACUGAAACUGAUGAUUUUUUAUUGCAUUCAAUUUAACAUUUUAUUUUAUAAUCAGUGAUUUCUCUAUAAGAUAUGUACAUCAUUUAUCUGCACUCUCAUCAUAACAUAUAUAACUUUUCUCUACCAUCAAAGAAUUUAGUCAACAGGUAAUGAAGUUCGGGUGAAAUGAUUCAGGACUUUUAGUCUAAACUCGAAAUUGUAGUUGUACAGGACUAGGAAGAACAAAAUCCGAUAGACAAACACGUGCGUUGUAUGUCUAGACAGGCAAGAAGUCCUAACCAUUAAGAGGCUCCGAGGCGAUCAGAUAUACACUGUCAGUUCACUUGAAUAAUUUAACUACUAGAGUUUGAAACACUCGAUUAGCUAGCUCAACAACUAAACAAAUAAACGUACUAAAUCUUCGAGAAAUUGUAUAUUCUCGUGCAAGAUCGCCAGAGCUAUUGCGCACUUUAAGGAGAAUGCUAUGCAUUAUCUGCUAAUUAACUCUUUCACGUAACAUUCGGCUUCAAGUAGGUUCUGCGAUACUCGGAUUGAUUCAUCUUAUUAUAAGAGUUUUUGAUUCCCUUAUUUUACGACGAAUCAAUCCGACUGUUUCGGAACCAACCUAUCUUAAGAUAGAUAAAGUCAAGACGCACAUUUUUUGGGUUCCAUGUUUACCUACCAGAUUAUCCCUGCUAUGUAAAACUUCAAUCAGGUUCAUACUUUAUUUAAUAGGAAUACAUCUUUCAGUUUUACAGCUAUGAAUAAUCUGAUGUCUACAUCUUUGUGCCAGAUUUUUCUACAAAUCAAAAAUCUGACAAAAUUUUUGAUUAUUGCUGAAUUAAAUUUUUCUCUUAGAAGAUAGACAGCAAUUAUGACUGAUAAUAAUGCCAAAUGCAAGUCGAAUCAUUCGAAUGACGACCCAAGUGAUUCUUCCAGGAGUAAGAGAACAAAGAGGUGUAUUUGUAAGGCAUGGUUCAACUGGCUCAGUUUACUCUCAAAUAUCGCAGUCACAUUAGUCAUCGGCGUUCUUACCAUAAUCUAUUCGGUUAAUCAGGCUGGAAUCAACGAUAACGAAAAUAAAAAGGAUCAAAAUCAUAUCCAUAUACUUGGCGAACAGCAACGUGACACUAUUCUGUCAAACUAUGUACGUGAUAUUAGUCAGUUAUAUUUGGAUUUGGACGAUGAUGAGAAUGCUAAUAGUAAAUUCCAAUCAAAAGUUGCUCAUACAAUGACUUCAGCUACCCUUCGUCAGCUGGAUCCUCGACGCAGAGGUUACUUAAUUAGGUAUUUACGGGAGUUAGACCUGUUGGCAUCGAUAAAUUUAACGGGAGUUGAUUUGACAAAAAUUGUUUUUCCUCGAUCUGACGUUAGUGAUAUUUACAAUAAUUAUCAGUCGAUUGAUCUAUCGCGAUCAAUUCUCAGUAAUGCUACCUUGAAACAGAUUGAUUUAAAAAAUUCUGAUUUUGCCUAUGCGGUGUUAAACGACGCUAGUUUCGCGUUGUCAAACUGUAUAAAUGUUAAUUUUACAUAUGCUCAACUUCAAUGGACGGAUUUUUCUGGCGCUGACGUAACAAAUGCAACAUUUUCAUAUUCUAAUUUACAUUUUAGUAACAUCAGAUAUGAUCAGCUAUCGAAAGCGAGAACACUUCGAGGUGCCAUUCUACCAGAUGGGACCGUUCAUAUGAAAUAA